AUGGCCGGACCGAGUGACAAGGCGCGUUUCUACCUCGAGCAGUCGGCGACGGAGCUGAACGAGCUUGAGCGCAAGAAAAUCUUCACACGGGAAGAGAUCGGCUCCAUAGCGAAGAAACGCUCCGACUUCGAACACAUCAUCAAUGCUAGAGGCUCGCACCCUGAGGACUACAUGCGAUACAUCGAAUUCGAAAAGAGUGUCGAUGCUCUCCGCCGCAAACGAGUAAAGCGACUUGGUGUACGGUACAAGGGCUCUGGUCAGCGGACAAUCUACUUUCUCUACAACCGGGCAACGCGCAAGUUCCCGGGCGACCUGGUGCUAUGGAUGCAAUACAUCGACUUUGCGCGCAAGGACAAGGCAUACAAGAGACUGAACGACAUCUUCACCUCGGUCGCUCGACUCCACCCUACCAAGCCUGACAUAUGGAUCCUUGCGGCCAAUUACUUCAUGGAUACACAGGCCGACAUUACCAAUGCGCGGAGCUAUAUGCAGCGAGGGCUGCGCUUCUGCAAGAACUCCGAGGUCAUGUGGCUGGAAUACGCGAAGCUCGAGACUAUCUACGUUGGCAAGAUCGCUGGUCGGAGGAAGAUUCUCGGUUUGGACAUCGAUCGCACAAGCAAGUCGCGCACAGAUGAGGACGGGGACGAAGACAUGAUUGCGCUCCCCGAGGUGACCGCCGAGGAUGUGAAUCCCAGCUUGAAGCAGGAUGACGGUGUGGAUGAGGUAGCUCUGCAGAACUUGGCCUCUGCACCAGUACUCACUGGCGCUAUCCCACUGGCAGUCUUCGAUUCCGCCAUGAAGCAGUUCCAGGGCAAGGCCAAACUCGCCGACAGCUUCUUCGAGAUGUUUGCCGAGUUUAGUCAGCUAGCCUGCAUACCACGCAUCUUGCAGCACGUGCUAGAUUACCUGCAAGAUAACUCUCCACAAGCCGUGGAGACCGCUAUCUGCAGGUUCCGCAUGCUGCUAUUUGGUUGCGAUCCUACCGACCCAGAGAUCGCCCUUGCAUUAAGCAGGGCCUUGGAUUUGAUAAGCUCCGCCAUUCAGCAACAUCCCACGGAAACUGUCAGGGUUUCCGAAGUCGCUGUUCGACGGCUGUUAUCUCUGCACCGGUUACUUGCGGAUAGCGAUUCGUCGUUGCAGAAGGCAUCGCGAGCAGCACUACGCAAGUAUGUACGGGCCAUGGAAAGUGGUGAAGGCGAUAAGGUUGCUAGACUGGCCGAAUCGCUACGACAGCAGGGAAAGAGAGAUGAUUCGGAGUUGUUGGUGCAGACGGGCGUCAAGUACUGGCCUGCAAAUGAAGCGCUCCAGAAUUUGUCGUCGGCGAUGGAAACGUGA